CCUGGAAGUGGCCUACACGUACACCUUUCCUUUCCCAGUGCCCAGUGACAUCUUGUGUAGAAUUCAGAAACCAAUUCUGGAAUUUUACUCCUCUUCUGUCAAGGCCAUUUGGAGAAGUGGCGUUAUUCUUCAAGAUGCAGUGGUGGAUAUUUUGAUAGAGAAAGAGGAGAAGUCUGGUACAAGUUGUCUCUACCUAAAGGGGAGGAUUAUGAACCCAGGUGAAGGUUUGAGAGAGGCGUACCAUAGAGCCGUGGAGUUGUUGUGGAACAGUGUGGAGCAGUGGAAGCUGAUGGUGGAUGGAGCCGUGUUACAUGAAGGACUACAUCUGUAUGCUCAAUUUGAUGUGAAGGCUGACUCAAAGAGACCAGAUAAGCUGUUUCCUUUGGCAAGGAACCAUCCAAUGAAGUUGACCAAUGGAAAAGAGCGCUGUGAAAACUGUUACAUCCCGGUGGAAGCCGCUGGAUUCCUCUGGAAGUUAGCGCGUACAUUGUAUCCAACAUUUGUGGAGAAAGAGACAGUGAAGCUGUCAGCAGAAGAUGCUUUGGAGAUUGAGGGCAUUGUUUGGAAGGGGAAUCUGGGCAAGUCUGGCUCGGCCAGGAUGAGGGUUGGGCUAAACCAGCACAGCGACACCAGCAUAAGAGUGGUGAUAUUAAAGGGAAAUAAUGCUGACUUGACUGCACUGAAGUUGUCGUGUCACGUACAAUUGUCGGAUGGGCUGUUCAAGAUAGCAUAUGGUGGUGGGAAGGUGUUCAUCAAGGAUGAGGAGGUUAAGGCAUUGAAGCCGACAACCCUCAAGACAGGAGACAUUGUGUCCUUCAGCCAGACUGCGCAUGCCUCAGAUCACGAGAAAGGUGUCCUCACCUUGAGCGUGAACUCAGAGCCAAUCUACAGGGCAGAUUUGCAAAAGUUAGGCAGCCCUAUUUGGACUUUUACCUGGGAACAGACGAGUGUCACUGGACCGGUCAUCCUCAUGAUCGAUGCACCCCAAGGAAUGGGAGGUCGUGGUCCUAGUGGGAUCAUGCCAGGCAUGAGACUUGAAGCCCGAGACAGACAACAUCCUCUCAUUUGUGUAGCUACCAUUGAGCGCAUAAAUGAAGAUGGAAAGAUACUGAUUCAUUUUGAUGGCUGGACUGAUCGCUAUGACUACUGGGCUGAGCCUAACUCCCCGGAUCUUCAUCCAUUGGGCUAUCAGAGUUAUAUAGGGUAUACUCACACCCAGUACACACCAGAGCUACAGAAACCAAAGGGUUACCCUAAGGCUUUUGACUGGGCAACGUACCUCAAGGAAAUCAACGCUUUGCCUGUUCCACAUGAGUUCUUUACUAAGGAGCAAACAGAAGGAACACCUCCAACAGAAGAGUUACGUGCCCUUGAUGUCUUAGACCUAAUUGAUGGUUCAUCUGCCUUCUCUAGCUGCAGGCUGCUGCCAAACAGACCCCUGUGCCUUGAGCAGAGAGUUUUCACCAUGAUGACGGAUACUACAACCUUACAGAGGCUUUGGACUGAGUGUAACUCCAUGACAAAGUUCCCCUGCAUUCUGCCGGCCGAGUUUGACAAACAAAAACUGAUCCACCCUGCCAGGAGAUAUGUGUCUGACAUCAAGAAACAGAACGUUCACUUCCUGUGUACUGGACAAGGCAUGGAGUCCCUCCAUUUUGUUGACAGCGGUGGAUAUCAUCUUGAUUUGGAAGUGUCCGAUCUGAAAUCUUUGGCCAGUGUGAUCAGGUUCAAUGCUCUGGUUCUCAGCAAGCAGGAGGGUUUCUUGCCAGAGAAUGCUGUAAAAUUGUGUCCAGGAAUUGACUCUGUUGUAAAUGAACAGGCUGAAGGUAAACUGCUAAAAGUUCUUUACCAAUAUUUACUCCAACUGGAACUACUGUCACCUUGGAAACCAAAGGGUGCCACAUCUGAUGUAGAUGUCUCUGUUACAAGCAAGCUUGCAGAAAAACUGUUCAAGACAGCACUGAGUGAUGCUAACCAUUCUUUGGCUGUUGAUUUCCCCGGGACAGCAGAGGCUGAAAAUCACUUACUGAAAUGCUCGUUCCACAUGAUGGCCUUGUCCGAGAACCAGGAGCUUACGGACACAGCUCUUGAACGUUUCCAUGGUUACUCAAAGUUAGUGAGUAAGCUGCACUUCCAGCACAACAAGAUACCCAGUAUUCCUAAGACUCUCGGAGAAGAUUUCUCAUUUCUCACUCAUCUCAACAUGGCCGACAACCUGAUCCAGGAAUGCCCUGACAACCUCUUCAACCUGACCUGUCUAGAAUGGUUGGACCUUUCUCUGAACAAAAUCCCAGCACUUCCUGCCUCGCUGGACAAAAUCGCCAAAACGCUGGUACACCUGAACAUCUCUAGCAAUCCUCUUGGGAAAAUUCCGGAUGUGGUUAUGAAGUUGGUAAAUCUGGAGGAGUUGAGAGCUGACAACAUCGGGGAGCUCACCAGCCUUCAGGGCAUUGACAACAUGACGAAGCUCAGAGUUCUCAGUGUGAACGGGAAUCUGUUAACGCAACCGCUUCACGAGUCUGUUGGCAAACUGACACGGCUGGGUGAACUGUACAUGGCCAGUCUACCCUGGUUCACAGGCUAUGACACCCCGAAAUCCGUGCUAAGCUUUGAAGCUUUCAGCGAGUUUCUGAACAAAAGUAUGAUCAUGUCCAAGCUGGACAAGCAGAAACUAUUUAGUCAAGUUGAUAAAGAAGGGAAAGGGAGCCUAACCUCUGUAGAGGUUACAGAGCUGAACAAGAUCCUGUUUGAAAAAUACCCCAGAUUUGGCAACACGACUCUGGCUCCCACAAAGGGCAUGAAGAGCUGUGAAGGAGGCUUUCCUUCUGUCCUUUUAACUUUGACCAAUCUUCACACACUGGACUUGAGUUUCCAUCACCUUCAGUCCAUCCCAAAGGAGCUAGGCACUUCCCUGACCAGGCUUAGCUACAUCCGUCUCACAGACAACCCUGUCCUAGAGACACUGGCUGCAGAAGUGGGUAGUCUCCCUUUGAAAGAGCUCCACCUGAAGGGGUGUGGCCAGCUGAAAACUCCUCCCAAAGAGAUUGUCAGUCGUGGAUUUGGUUCUGUGUUUGGUUACCUCAAGCGGCUUGCCAUGGGGUCGGUGUCGUGCCGGAGAACCAAAUUGAUGGUGGUCGCUGGAGGGGCAGGCAAAACUAGCCUUAUACAUGCGCUGACCCACCGGCGAUUUAUUGAUGAAAUGGAUGUUGAUGACAUGUUUGAGCUGAUGGGCGAGGCCAUAACGGACGGAAUCGAUAUCACAAACUGGAAAGUCAAGGUGAAAACUGGGAAGGACGGUACGCAGAAUGACAAGGGUGCGCAGGAAGGAGAUUCCCUGGAGUACAGCGUAUGGGACUUUGCUGGGCAGACUGUCUACUAUAACACUCACCAGUUUUUCUUGUCGACGAGAGCAGUGUACCUGUUGCUGUGGAACAUCCGGCUGGGUUACGAGCAUGCAGGCCUGGAUUUCUGGCUCAGCUCAAUAGCAUGCCACGCCCCAGGAGCCCCGGUGCUGGUUGUGGGUACCCAUUGUGACAAGGUGGAGAAACCAAAGAUGCCCACAGAUGAGCUUCAGAAGAGAUACCCACAAAUCCGAGGGUUCCAUUCUGUCAGUUCGUACACUCUCCUGGGCAUCCCUGACCUGCAGAAUCAGCUGAUUGACAUGACGCUACAGGAGAAGUACAUGGGGGAACAGAUCCCACAGGCGUGGCUGACCAUGGAGAAACAGAUUAAACAGAAUACAGACAGCAAAGACUUACUGCCCUUGAGUGUGGUGGAGUCAAUCGGCAACAACUGCGGUGUGUUUGACCGUGUAGAGUUGAUUCAAGCCAUCGAGUUCCUCCAUGACCUUGGCUCCGUGCAGUUCUUUAACACAGACUUUCUGAGAUCGUACGUUGUGAUCAACCCUCAGUGGAUCGUGGACGUCAUGACCUGUGUCGUUUCCGUGCAUGAAGGCGCCAUCAAGGAUGGGAAGUUUUAUCACAAGGACAUGGAAAAGGUUUGGGCUGAUUACCCUGCCCACAUGCACACCUGGCUGCUACGACUGACAGAGGAGUUUGACCUAACCUUCCCACUUCAUCAGGAAGAGGCUAACCUAGUGCCGUGUUUACUGCCAGACAAAGAACCUAAGUAUGACUGGCCAGAUGUAGACCGUGCUAAAGGCCACAAAGAAACAAAGAUGGUGUACAGAUUCCAGUAUCUACCUGCUGGCCUUUUCAACAGAGUACAGGUUAGGCUCCACCAGUUCAGUGAUGAGGCUGUCAUAUGGAAGAAGGGAUCCCUGCUGAAGAAGAACAACCACAGAGCACUGAUUCUGCAAAUUGGGGUACAUGAGAUGCUGAUGAAGGUUCAAGGAACACGUCCAGAGAACAUUUUAUUUCUGGUCCAUGAGGUGUUGGAGUGUUUGAUCUCUGAGUCUUUCUACGGAGUACAGUAUGAUUUUGCCGUACCAUGCAGCGACUGCCUGGAGCAAAGUCUGGAUCCCUGCAUGUUUCAAGCGUCCAAGGUACAGAGAGCUGUCGAGUUGAAGGCUCCCUUCCUGCAGUGUGACAAGUACUUCCACACUCUGUCCAUCCCAGAGCUCCAAGCCACAAUGCCGGCUGAUAAAACCGCUGACCUUGACAUUCACUUGGGGAAGAGUGUUAGAGAGUUACAAGAUCUCCAUGGUGACCUGGUUCUCAAGGUCUACUUCUCGUACUGUAAGGAGAAUGUGCCUGUGUUUGUUGGUGAUGACAAGACUGUCCACCCGGAUUCCAUCUCCGCAGGGCUGAGAAAAGCAGGCAUGAAAGUAACGGCCUGUGAGUCAAGCGGUGAGGACCUGACCAAACUGACCCUAACCCUAAAGGAAGUAGAUAUUGUCUUGGUGGGAAUGUCUGAUGAGUUUGUAGAAGACAAGGCAUGUAGUGAUCUGCUGCACUAUGCACGAGAAACUCUGCGGAAAACAGUCAUCCUGGUAAUCCUAGGGACAGGAUUCAAGUGGCAGACCAGUAAACUGGGCAUCCUAUGUGCCAGUGAUGUCUAUGUAAACAUGCAGCAGACAAAACAGUUUGCCACCAAGAUGGGGGAGCUCAUCUCCUCUGUUAAACAGAGGUCCAUCAAACAUAAGGUGACAGAGUACCCAAGCUGUUUUGUCAGUUACUGCUGGUCAAAUUCCAAAAGAGCAGUUGACUGUGGGUCAAGGGCCAAGGACGGGUCGCUUGGUUGGGGUGACCCUCGAGAGGCCAAGGACUUUCUGCAGAAGAAAGGCAUCUCCUGCUGGUUGGAUGUGGAACAAGUUGGGAAGGGUGGUCUUUAUGAGGACAUAGCCGAGGGGUUAAGACAAGCUAAAGUCAUGGUGGCCUUUGUCUCAGAUGAGUAUGCCGAGUCGAAGAAUUGCCAGAUGGAGUUUCGGUAUGCGGUCACCACUCUCAAGAUCCCCACAGUAGUUGCUGUGGUUGGCACUGGCUACAAAUGGGAGAGAUCUGAGGUUGGAAUGCUGUGUGUAGGGUAUGAAUUUCCCAAAGUUAAUUUCCAGUAUGAGAAUAUGGCAGCUCACAUGGACCUUCUUCAGCAUGUACAAAAUCUCCUCCCAACACUGGAGAGUGCUCAGGAAGGGAAGCAACCUGUGAAAGAUGAGAAGCUUGUUGCAUUUCAGGAAGUGAUGGAGCUAACACAAAGGAAAUUUCUGCGUCAUGUGACCUCUUACGCAGAGAGCAUGGACAGUACACCCUACCCAAGACUGAUCGUAUUGGAUAUAGCGUCGGAGCCAACAAAACCCAGCCCUAUGGAGAACACAUGCCCUGGGGGGAAAACGCUUGAGGAGUUUCAAAAACAUGCUCAGUACUAUGAGGAGGAAUUGUCAAAGCCUGCGGAGGAGUCCACAGAAGUGAAGUCUGCUCAAUGCAGUAAAUACUGCUUCACCUUACUGUGUGAAUGUGAUGAGGGCUGGCAUGACACCUCCGCAAGUAUUCCCAUUCCCGCCAUGAGUGCGCAGGAGGAAGAGGUGUUCACCUCAGACGCAGCUGGCUACAUGGCACGCCUCUUCGCUAUUCUUAAGCACACUAACCUCACCCUGAGCUCCUUGACCACCCAGGAGGGAGAACGCUUGCGUGCCUACCUUGAUUCGAUAUGUGUCAAAAAAGGACCUGAAUUCCAAGAGGAAUAUGUCAAAAUUAGACGAAUGGUGAUGGAACUUGAUAAAGAUGGAAUUAUGGGAAAUCUGAAGAAGUGCCAGCUUUCUAAUGGCAAGACAGUGUGGUUAUGUCAGAAACACCAGCCAGCGAACAAACUGGACAGUCCAGCCCCAGACAAACCAGCCACAGACAAACCUGUCAUAGCAGCAGAUACGAAUCAUCAACCAGAGCCACAUAUGGAAGACACAACCCUGAUCCCAUCUAUGGUACAGGAAGAUCUGGAUAACCCUGAGGAAAUUUGGUCUGCUGACAAACGGCCACCAUUACGGGCCCUGAAGCAGGGAGACAACCAGAGCAACACAACAACGGAGACACCCAAAGUCACAAGCCGAGCCUGUAGUGUGAUGUAAAUACGUCAUGCUGUUGGAUUUCUCCUAGGAUAUGUUUAGGAGCAUGCGGUUUUGAUUUGUUAUGUUGAGACCGUGGUCACCCAGUUAUUUGCCGUUCUCCUAGUGCCUGUACGCUUACUAGAUCCCACACGAGGAGGAAAACAUUGUCUAAAUAAUAUAGGAGUAAAUACUACGUUUCUCUGAAAUUCACAGCCAGCUUUUAUUGACAUUCACGGUUUAUGCUGUGCACAUUGUUCUGUUGUAUAACAUACUAUAAUUUCUGGUUAUUAUCAGCUGCACUUCUCAGACUAUCAUCCAGAGUUGUUCAUUUCCAUGUAGCCUCCCAUGUUCUUUCACCACAUCGUCUGCUUAUCGCUGCCUCAUACAAGUGAAGUGCCUGGAUGUCUGCGGUUUCGAAUGUGGAGCCCACAAAUGGCAGAUAUAUUCAGCAGGUGUACAAUGUGUCUAAACAUUUAUCUCAACACCAGUGACUGACUUAUCAGUCUCCACGGAGUUGGUACCAGAGACGACUACUUGUACAUACAUGUAGGCUGACACUUUGUCAGUCUGUCACAAAUCCCCUGUCUAGCUUUUUUUGUACAAACCUUUCAUCACAAUGAAUUGAAGUUUCUUACAAAGCCUCACCAUGAUGAGUUACGAGUCACUUUCAAGCUUUGUGCUAGUUUGCUCAUUACCACAACUUUGGGACUGUUUUGGACUUUGAGAAUUUUCCACACUGUUGGAAAUUCUGAAUUGAAUCUUGGUACGUUGCUUCACCAAGACAAGUUGCAGACCAGUUUUAAGUUCUUGCCUGAUCCCUCCAUUUUCAAAAAAAUUAUGGCCAUUUUAACAAUUGCACAUAUUUAUAUACCAGUAAAACAUUUUGAAAUCACUGUAAAUGCUGUCAAUGGAAGCGAAUUUUGUUCCAUGGGCUUUUGAUUAUUAUAUUCCAAAAAUACAAAUAAGUUUGGAUAUACCUGAUUGUUGUGUGAAGUGCAGAUCAUUAGGUGUGGAAUAUCUAGUACUGGCCUUUUAGUUAUUGGGUACAAUAAACACUUAUGAAGUCCACAUGGGAGGAGUUCUGCUUGGCUCAGUUAUCUAUUAGGCAGCCCUCCCUAUUAAUAUUAUUGACUGGCCAAUGAGAUCAUGAGUUCAAAUCC